CUUCCUGGUGUCUUCGCACGCUUAAUUUUUCAAGUCACAUUAUACUCGUGUUAUGUGGAGACCAAUGCAUUGGUUUGGUAUGUGUAUUAAAGCAGAGAAAGGUGCCCCUCCAUCAUCUCGCAGACAUUAGAGAGGAGCUUCUUUUCCAAGAGGUGGUGGCACUUGGAAGGGAGAAACCAAGUCCAAGUCCCAAAGUCUUCUUAUUUAGUUCCUAUGUGAAGUUCCAGUUAAUAUUGUCUACACGCCGACUCUUCCUAUAAUGUAUCUUCGGGCAAAAUAGCAAACUGCGGGGUGAACACGCGGAGUCAGUGAAGUGUGUCCUGAAAGCAAAGGAAUUCUUAUCAUCAUGCGCUUCCUCAAACUGACGUUUCAGACGUUUCAGACGAUACUAGUGGUCGUCGCUUCAGUCCUCCUGCUUACAGAAGCAAAGGACGAGACAAAGAAUCGGGACAAGAGGCAGCAAGUGUCAUUCCAUUCCAGAAGAGGAGCUCGCCCACCACCCUAUGCCGUGCAAAUGGAACCAAUUGUCCAGUACUCCCAAAGGGAUCCUCUCUACAAUUCUCUAGCGAUUGCCAAAAGUGACGAAGACUUCUACGACAAUCUUCCACAGAGCUAUUACCCCUCCGAACCUGAACCAAUUAUCGAAAUCAUCAUUAAAGAGUCCAAUGAAACCUUACCAACGCCAGUUCCUCCUCCCCAACCACCUGCUCCACGACCCACGAAGGAGCCAAUUCAAGUUUUUUACGUCAAGUACGAGAAAAAGAAGAACCACAGUGACGGUAAAUCUCAAGUAGUUUACGACGCACCGAUUCCAGCUCUGACCCCAGUGGAAGAGCACGAGAAGAUCCAAGAUCCUCAUCAAGAGAUUCAAGUGCAUACGGCAACGCCAUCACCUCCGGAACAACCUUCAACAACUUUGAGGGCAAUCAUCCGACCGGACAGUGAGUCAUAUCACGCUCCUGGUAGCAGCGGAUUGCGAGUCACUUUCGGAACUGAUCAGGUGCCACCGAAUAAUCACCACAAACGAAGUGAUCAGGAUCCUGCUCAUCAAGUUCCACCCAAUCCUCUUCCACCACCAGGAUCUUCGAAGAAAUCUCACGGACCAUAUCAACCUCUACAGCCCGUUCCUCAUCGAGUUCAACCAGCUUUUCCCCAACAGAGGAUCGUCAAUUCAAUCCCACCGCAACAACUCCUGCAACAUCAACAAAAUCAACAUUUAGGUCCGAACCAACAACUGUCAACGAAUGCUCAACUAUCGAGUCAACAACUCGCACAAAAUUUUGCCCCUCAACAAUUUCAAGCUCCUUUACAAAAUCGAAACUCACAACGACCUCAAAGAUUGCCGAUAAAUAUCCAAGGUUUGCCCGAUUUUCAACAAAAGCUGCCAUUCAAUGCCGCAAUUCCCCACCGAAUCAAUCCUCAAUCUUCAUUUUCGGGUGUAUCGCCGUCUCACCAAAAUCAUCAGCAACCGCAAAGUUUGAAUCACAACUUUAAUCCGGAGCACCAACAGAAUUAUAAACAGCAAGAGGAACAGAAGCAAAAGUAUUACGAACAACGAAGACAUCAAGAAUUGUUGAAACAACGCGAACAGCAACGACUAGCCGAACAGCAGCGACUUGUGGACCAGCAAAGAAUACUAGAGCAGCAACGGCAUCAAGAACAGCAAAAGUUUUUGGAACACCAACGUCUGCAGGACCAGCAAAGAAGGAAACAGGAACAAGAUCAAAAAUUAUUGCAGGAGCAUCAUCAGUACCGACAACAAAUCAAAUACAAUCAAGGUCAACAAUUUCAACAAAACCCACAGGUACAGUUGUCGCAGACAACUUCAGGCGAAAUUUUGAAAGCCGUUCCCAAACUCGAACAACACUUCGCAAUUAGAGAAAAUCCCCUGCAUCCCGGUCCUUUCCCCCCAAAUCCACAAGUACAAGACUAUCAAGACAGGCCGACUCAUUUGGUUCAAAAUCAAGACAGGCCAACUCAUUUGGUUCAAAGUCAAGACAGGCAAUCUCAUUUGGUUCAAAAUCAAGACAGGCAAACUCACUUAGUUCAAAAUCAAGACACGCAAACUCAAAAACAAAACAGUGAAAACUCAAGAAAUCAGCAGAAUAAUAAUUUUCAGCAACAGCAACAGUCACAGUCACACAAAUCUCAACAACAAUAUUACGUUCCAACUACACAAACCCAAAAGCGUGUUCCCUCCACUCCAUCCAUCUGGGGAAGGCCAAACUCCCAAGUGAAUUCGAAUCACAAAAUCUACGCAACUCCCGCUAGUCAGACCGAGGAAUCUUCCGUAAAAUCGCAACAUUUCACGCCUCCGGUAGUGACAACCACCACCACCACCACCACCACCACCACUGUCUCCCCCAAGAACGAGGCCAAAAUCAAAGAAAACAUCGCAAAUCUCCCCGACGAAGUACCCGACGACAUCCGCGAACAACUCCUCAGUUCCGGCAUUCUAGGCAACGCCGACAUCCAAAUCCUCGACUACGACAAAAUCGGUGGUAUUCCCAUCGAAAACCUCCCUCCAGAAGCCCUCGAGAAUUUCUACAGUGCAGGCGGUGCGGCCGCAACUUCGGCCAGUGAACCAAUUCCCGCAAUAGCCAAACGACCAAAAACGGUAGAAGAGCCAGUUUCGAAAUUGAUAACCACCGAGAUCGAGCAAGCUACUUUAAAACCAGGCGGCGUGGAAAUGAAAGUAGUUCGCUUCGAUCCCAAUACGGCGCAAGGUCAAACAAUUGCCGGUCAACAUAUUCGCGAAGAUGCGACUCACUUGAAUCCAGUAAUUGUGGGAACCAAGGACGAUCCCCAGUACAAUCGUUAUUUACCCCUGAAAGUGAGCGGAGCGUCAUUCCCCAUUCCAGAUGUUCCUGAAUUGAAAGGGAAAAAAAUCUCCAGCGUCGUUGUAUUAGCUCCGGUCGAUUACAAUUUCAAAGAUGGUUCCGAUGAUGCAAACUUGAGGAAGAGUAAGAAAAUAAAUGAUGUUCAGGCCAUAAAAUUCCUGGCUGGCGAAUCCUUAAAACAACUGGUCAAAAAACCGUCUUCGGAGAAUUACAAAAAGUGGCUGGAACAGGAACAAAAAACGCCACCUCAAAGACAAUCGGUUGUUUUACUUGUCACAACACCAAAGGACAUCUUUAGUGGACAAAAGGAAAUUUUCAUGUACGACGUGAGCAGCCAAACGGUCAGUAAAUUAUCCGGUGAUUUAUCAACAGCUUUCGUUGACGCUGCAGAAAGCAAUUCUGAUAGUCCCGAUUCUACUGAUGAUUCCUAUUCGGUUUAUUAAAAAUCUGUUGAAAUUUUUUACUUAAGAAUAUCCAUUGUGUUGAAAAAAAAAUGGUUUUUUGUGCCAACAUUGUAACAGAAGAAAAAUGACAACGAAAUAUCGACAAAAAAAGUGAAAAGUUACGAUUGUUAUUAAUAUUCACGUAUAAUUAUGUAGAUAAUUCUUUUAUUGUAUUAUUAUGUAUAUAUUAUUGUAUCUUUAAUUUUUUACGCGAAAUAAAUUACAAGGUUUUUUUA